AUGAACCUUGUCAUCUCUUUCCAUUUUGUCAGAGGUAAUAAUGGUCCAGCAGAUAGUGCUACAAAGACAUUGAGACAGCUACACGUGGAGGAGGAUGAUGAAGAAAGGUUCCAAGCUGACCUUAAGAAGGCCGCUCGGCAAAGCCUUGACACGAUCCAUGCACAUGAGAAGUUGCCCUUGCUGCCUAGAUCAAGGAACGGACAAAAUGUGUUUCGCAAGUCUGGGACUUUGGGAAAUGCAAAUAGUAUUGGAGAUGUAAAUGUAAUGGAUGUAUAUGGCACUGGGCUAAAUAAUGAAGUUGGGGAAUAUAAUUGCUUUCUAAGUGUCGUUAUACAGUCGUUGCGGCGUCUAAGAAGUUUUCUAGCUGAAUUCCUGAGAACAUCAUCCAAACAUGUUCACGUUGGUGAUCCGUGUGUGAUAUGUGCUUUGUACGACAUAUUUACUGCUUUGAGUACUGCUUCAGCUGAAGCGUGUAGUAAGACAAUUGCUCCUAUUUCUUUGAGAGUUUCCCUUAGCAACCUGUAUCCGGAUAGUAAUUUUUUCCAAGAGGUAAAUCCGAAACUGUAUCAACCGCCUCAUAUUUUUGUAGGAGUCCACCCGUUUAAAAUGACUGGCUUGAGGGAUUGUUCAAAUGGUGCUUGUAUUGCACAUGGUGCUUGUAUUGCACAUUCUCUUUUCGGGAUGGAUAUUUUUGAACAAAUGAACUGCUACAAUUGUGGAUUGGAGUCCAGACAUCUGAAGUAUACAUCUUUCUUUCACAAUAUUAAUGCCAGCGCCCUCCGUACAAUGAAGGUUAUGUGUCCAGAAAGCUCCUUUGAUGAGCUUCUCAGUCUUGUUGAAAUGAACUGUCAGUUGGCUUGUGAUUCUGAGGUUGGUGGAUGUGGGAAGCUUAACUACAUCCAUCAUAUUCUCUCUAUUCCACCACAUGUGUUUACAGCAGUUUUAGGUUGGCAAAAUACUUGUGAGAGUGUGGGUGACAUAACAGCAACAUUAUCAGCUCUAUCUACUGAGGUGGACAUUGGUGUACUUUAUUGUGGUCUAGAUCCUAAAAACAAAAAAUUCUUAAUUUCAAUGGUAAACCUCUUUUUACUCUUUUUCAUUGUUUUCUGGAAAAGAAAACCUUUGAUUUUACAUGCUGAGAGUAUCCAGUGCCAAUUCAUCGCAUCAGUAGUAUUUUUGUUCUUCUUGGUCACAUCAUUUGAUUACACAAUUUUUUGCGAUAUUCUUGGUCCAUGA